AUGGAUAACGAUACUACACUUGUUGAAACAUCACCCACACCAAAAAUUGAAAAGUGUCCAAUGAAGAGUUCAUUCAAGAGUCCAUUCCGUAGCGGUAUAACAAAACUUCAGAAUAGAGGAGAGGUCAGUUUAAAAACAUGUAACACUACAUAUACCCGUCUAUUAAAUGAGAAGCAAUUAUCCUUACAAAAUAGAGUCAUAUACAACGAUUUAACUAGAAAAAUCAGUUUCUACAGAAAAGAAAUAACGAAUUUAUCUGAAGCUAUUAAUAUAAUGAAGAAAUAUGACAAAGAAUUAAAACUCGAUGAACUAAUUAUGAAAUGGCGUAAUGUUUGCCAAAGUUCAAUGUCCUAUUUGUUCAACGCAACUUUAUUUAAAAUUGACAAACUAGGAGGGUACGAAGAAUUUAUAAGAAAAGAGAUUGAGGCUGAAAAAGCUAAACUGGAGUAUCAACUGGAUGAUAGUGUGGAAGAAGAAAUAUCUGGCAUCUUAGAGUCUGAUGAAUUCCAAGCAUUACCUCCUGAUGAUCAAGAAGAAUAUAAAAUUAAAUUUGAAGAGAAGAGAGAAGAGGUGGAGAAAGUGAAACAAAAUGCCUUAAAAGUUCUAGAUGAUAAAUUGAUACUAGCUCAAAAUAAAGAAAUCACGAUGGAAGAAUUAACAAAACGAUUAAAGGUUGAUUACAACUUGGUUUACCCUUCUUCAAGUUUAUAA